AACCGUUGUAUGCACAUUUGGCUUGCUCAGGAGAUUACGCGUGUCAGCAACAUACCGGAGAGGAAUACCAUUGUAUUGAUAUGUUAACGGAGGACGUGUGAAGAUUCAGUAAAGUUUACCGGCAUCACGUUCACGUCCCCCUCCGACGUCAAACCUUGUUGCGUAAUGUUAAGACCGUAUUCCAGCUCUCGCGGUGUUGCUAAUGGAAGUGUCAGUGUCAACAACGGCCAGCCAUCGGUACAGCAGCACUACCCGGAGCAGGGAGGGGGGAGUCCAGAGGCUAUCACGUCGGAACAUUUGUCUGAGAUGGGGGAUGAUCGACCCUUUGUAUGCACUGCCCCUGGAUGUGGGCAGCGAUUCACAAAUGAAGACCACCUGUCGGUCCACAAGCACAAGCAUGAAAUGACGUUAAAAUUUGGUCCUGCCAGAACGGACUCUGUUAUCAUUGCAGACCAGACACCCACACCCACACGUUUCCUGAAGAACUGUGAAGAGGUUGGGUUAUUCAAUGAGCUCGCCGGCUCCUUUGAACAUGAGUUUACCAAAGCACACGAGGACGACCAGAGGACGAAACACCCGGCUGCACCUUUACAAACACCGUCUGAAGUCAAAGUUGAAGAUGAGGGUCCUUUGCAAGUGGAUUCUUCCUCUCCCGGAAGUCCAGAUUCCUCUUCCAGCAUGUCAGACAACAGCAGAGACUCGAGGGAGAUUCACACGCAGCCUGUGGUAAGCUCUGCCCCUACUCCAACCAUUGUGCGCCCAGGUUCUCUUCACCUGAGCAAUGAAGCACUUCACCCAACUCUGCCAUCGCCAACAUCUGUCAUCACGCAAACGCCGCCCUCCAACAGACAGCUCAGCUCCCCAACAAGCGCUUAUCCACUGGUGAGGCUUCCUAAUGGGCAGACCGUCCCCCUCCUGCCCAGUCCUGUGCAGAUGACCUCAGUUAUAUCUCUUGCGAGGCCAGCGAACUCGGUGCCCAACAUCCCUGGGAUUCCAGGACCUCCAGUGGGCGGAGCCAGCAGUGGGUCGUCCUCCCCGUCUGGGUACAGUCUGCACUCUGAGACCAAGAUGCAGCUAAAAGCAGCUCUAUCUCAUCAGGGCCCAGGAGCACAAGAUGGAGCCGGUGGGGGGUCCGGAUCCAUCCCUGCUGUGCCCCAGCGACCCGAACAGAGCCAACAACCCACUCAAAACUCUGAUGCACCAUCACCUGCGCAACCCCAGGUGUCCCCCGCUCAGCCAACAGGAGGCCGGCGGCGGCGAGCUUCGGAGAUGGACCCUGACGAGAGGAGGGAGCGUUUCCUGGAGAGAAACCGGGCGGCCGCCUCUCGCUGCAGGCAAAAACGAAAGCUGUGGGUUAACUCUUUGGAGAAGAAGGCGGAUGAUCUUGUCAACAUGAAUGUGUCCCUGAGUGGUGAAGUAAGCCUACUGAGGAACGAGGUGGCUCAGCUGAAGCAGCUCCUCCUGGCCCACAAAGACUGCCCGGUCACUGUUAUGCAGAAGAAGGCAGCUUUCUUAGCUGCAGGAGGAGAGGAAACCUCCAGAGAUACUUCCAGUGAACCCAUAGGCUCCCCGGCGGCCGUUAUACAGCACGGGCCGUCACCGCCCGCCUCGGCCUGCAGUCCGGGGGCCACCAUUAACGGGCUGAGCGUCCGCGCCGCAGAGGCGGUGGCCAUGUCGGUUUUGGCAGGCAUGGGAUCGGGCCAGCCAGGAGGGGUUGUAAUGGCGACGCAGUCACAGUCAGCCCCCAGAUGAUGUGCUGACGCAGGUAGCCAGUAUGAACUCAAGUGGCCUUUUGAAAGGCCGGACCGGUGCGAAGCGUUUUGAAAAGAGGGACCCGCCCUCAAACCCCACCCCAGACUCGGAUGCUGUCAUCCCCUCACAGCCAGUGGUAGUCACACAAAGACACGGCGCCGUGCCUCCGUCUACGCUCCGGUCCCAGCUGUUCAGAGACGCUUCGCCACUUUUUGUCUGUAAAUAUGAAAACACGUCGGACACUCGCUCUGCAGGGUUUGGGGUCAUUUCUUGUUCAGUCGUGCCAUUUGGAAAAAAAAAGUUUUAGAUUGGGAUGAAAAUUAUGACUUUUAAUGUCAAGUUCAUCGGUUUAUUUUCAUUUCACUUGCAACGUCAGUCCCACACGCUGGCUGUGAUGAGGUCGUUUGCUUUCCAGGCUGACGAUUGUACUUGUAUUUUUCAUUUGUAUGAAAAAGAUUUUUUUUAUGCCUGAUUCUGGUCGUCGACAUAAUGUUUGCAGAAGCAGUGAAAGUACGGUGAGAGAUUGGCUGGCUGAUUUCAGUAAAUGGCAGCCUGGAAAGUUUUUCUUAUGUUUACUUUUCAACCUGUCCUUUUAGUUUUCUGUGUGUGUUUCACUUUUGAGUUGAUUCUACUGAAAUACACACGACGGUUUUGUCAAACCAAAUCAUCGAUGUGUACACAAUUUUCCCCCGUGAGUGUGUGCCUGACUUUUUAACCACCAAUUUUAACCCAUUUGGAAUGGAUGUCAUUACAUUAGUCGUGUAUGUAUCGAACCCUAUUGACUGCAUGGAUUACUCGAGGCUGAAGGAUACCACUGUUUGUUUGUGCUUCGUCAUACUGUCACUGUUUAUAGAUCUGCUUUUCUUCUGUUUUAAAACAUGAAAUUACUGAUGCAAAAAUGUUCCUUGUUUUUUAAGGAUUCCAUCCUCAGUCCUAAUGUGACACUCUUGAAAUGGUUAGCUUUAGAAGGCCUUCAAAUGAUAAUCAGAAACAUUAGAUUUUAAAUCACUUACCCCGGCAUUUCAGUUGAGGAAAUAGUUGUGCAAUAUAUUUUUCUAUUGAUUAUCAAUGUUCUUGCGUUUAUUUGUCAUGUGACGCCCAGCCGUCUAUUUCAGUUGAAAGCUAAAGUUAUGAGGUGAAUGAAUGGGAUUAGUGCACAUCAGUAGAGAAGGUGCUUUCCAACAUUUGAAAAGCUGUCUUGUAUCAUGAAGUAUACCCAAAUAGUUGUGCAAGGUGCUUCUUUUGAAAUUCAAGUUUUGAAAUGCAAAUUUUAUACCGCCGUGUACUUCCAAGACUAUCAUGGUUUAUUUCCCCUCACACUCUGUGUGUAUGUUUUUUUUUUUGUUUUUUUUUAAUAACGUCAUUGUUUCGACAGAUGCUUAUCUUUCUCUGAGGGCAUGUCAGGCUUUUUUUUUUCCAUCAUGUGAUUAGAAUGUACCUUUUAUUUUUGUUAAAGAGCAUAGAUGUCUUUUAUGUGUUAAUGCAGGUUGAAGCACAUAAUAAAAUGUCUCUGAUAUCUGUAUGGAGAGAGUUUGUCAUAUCCUCAGGCUUCAAGAUGGAAAAAAAUACUUGUGUAUAGUCUCAACUAAUGAAUAAGUUGUCUCGGGCAAAUAAUGAAAUAAAUUAAUGAAAAAAAAA